AUGUUUUGUUUAGGUCUGGUGGAUGACAACCUCUUCGAAUGGGAAGCUGCAAUUAAGGGACCAAAAUAUAGCCCUUAUGGUGGAGGAACCUUCUGUGUCAAAUUCAAAACCAAGGUGUUCCACCCCAAUGUUUCUGACAAAGGAGAUGUCUAUCUCUACAUGCUGGACAAUGGAUGGGCUCAUGGUUUCACAAUUCCUGAUGUAUGUGUUUCAUCUUCUAUU